AGUGCGGUUCUCGUGCGCUCAGGAGUUAGACAGAGACGCAGCAGCGCACGACAAACAGCCGACUUCACUUCCGAAGACCAGCGCGUUCUUCAAUUAGUGGCUCGAGUGCUAAUGAGGCUUUUAACGCAGCAUCCAAACUUGUUAAUGAAAUAGUGGCGUUUCGUGACACACGUUUUGCGCAACUUGCUUCCCUCAUCUGGCGCCAGAUCUGCUGGGGAAUAAAAGAUGCUUCUCGACGUGCUCUGUUCCUAUGAAAUGAUUUGGAUUGCACCUCGCAUUUUUGGAGGAAAUCAGCACUGAACGCAGUACGACGUUUUCUGGACAACUUUGGUGCCAGUGGACACGGGCAUUCGCGAAAGUCUUUUACUGCCGCGAGAUUGUUUGGCUCUAAACAGGAUGGACCUCGUCGGGCUCUACUUGUUCCAGCUGGCAAUUUUUGGUGAGUUUCCUCCGAUUAAUUCUG